AUGGAUGCCCAACCAUUAACAAACCUCCAAUCCGAGCCCGAAGCCAACAACACUCCCUACACACCGCUCGACAGCGCGGACUCCCCUCCUUCAGACACCCACCAGACCCCCGGCUGGUCGAUCCGGCGAUUUCUCAGUCGACGCGGGAGUCGCCGGUAUCGGGUCCUAGAGCGGGAGCCAAAUCGGCUGCGAAAACGUGUCAGCCAGUGA